AAAAGACAAGGACUUUCCAUAAUAUUUUUCAUUCGCUAAUCANUUUAACCAGUACAAUGACAGGACGCGGUAAAGGAGGUAAAGGUCUUGGUAAGGGAGGAGCGAAACGGCAUCGUAAGGUACUUCGUGACAACAUCCAGGGAAUCACCAAACCGGCCAUUCGUCGUUUAGCCCGUCGAGGUGGUGUUAAACGUAUUUCCGGUCUUAUUUACGAAGAAACCCGAGGCGUGCUGAAAGUGUUUUUGGAAAACGUUAUCCGUGAUGCCGUCACCUAUACCGAACACGCCAAAAGGAAAACCGUUACAGCCAUGGACGUAGUCUACGCACUGAAGCGACAAGGACGCACUCUAUACGGUUUUGGAGGUUAAUCAAACAACAGUUGUCUUGUACUAGGUAUCACGAUUUUUAAAAUGGCCCUUUUCAGGGCCCCCAAAUUGUUUUUAAUUAAUAAAUAUAUAAAUCGG